UUGGUCUUUGUCUGUCGCGCGCGUUCCGUGAUCGGGGUGUUGUCGAAAGGGUGGAGAUAUCAGACACCAGUCGCUACGCGGACGUUGAGCUCGAGAUUUUUAUUCUUUGUCGCGAGACUUUUUCUUUCACGAGUUACAGUGUUCACGAUCGUUGGAUGUUUAUUCCAUUUGUUCGCGGUGACACGCAUGCGUUUUUUCAUCAUUAAUCGUAAUUGGAUCCAAUCGAAUGUUGGAUCCGCGUGACAUCGACCGAAGAGGAAACUCGAUCUCGAUCCGUGUGUCUGAAAAUCGCGCUCAUGUGACCGUUGCUUGAUAAAAAAUGGUAGAAUAAGUGUCGUGUGAGACCAAGGAUAUUGAAUACAUAAACGUUUUCGAUUGUGAUUUAGUUACCAAUUACGGAGGAUAUUUAGUGUUAUACAUGUAACAAUGGAACUGUAACGGAUAUCGAUGGUGAUUCAAUGCAGCCAUGAGACACAUGAAAUCGUGACGAUGUGAUUCUAUUAAAAGAAAAUAAAGUGUCUCAAUUUUGAUUCAAGAUCACGUUGGAUUAUAUUUCGAUUCAAUCAGAAGAGUUUGUAGUUAUCGGCAUAACUCAUCGGACCACUCGACGGAUGAGUAACGAAGCGUGGCCCGCUCUCAAGGGUGGGAAUCGGAGAAAGACCUGACAUACUCAUCGAGAGACCGCCCAUCCCAUCCUCGAGCUCAAGAAGAUCUCAAAGAUGCUGCAGGCAAGAGGAAGCUGAGGUAAAAGCUCGCACACGAGAUAAAAGCGUGAAACGAGAUCGAGUACAUAAGAUGAGAUAGAAAGGAAGAUCUCGGGGAAACGGAACGCACCAUGUGCUCGAGCAUGCGAGCAUGGUGGUGGAGAGGGACACUUCUCGGCACGAUGAUGCUGUUAUCAUGGACAUCCUCAUUGGUGGAGGGCUGCCCGAGCAUGUGCACGUGCAAAUGGAAAAGCGGUAAAGAGUGGGUGGAGUGCGCCAACAGAGACCUGAAGGGACUGCCCCAGGGCGCCAGGGAGGAGACCCAGGUGUUGGAUCUAUCGAACAAUCAUCUGGUCAGUCUGCUUCCAGAGUGCUUUCACGCCCUGGGUCUGAUCAAUCUGCAGAGACUCUACCUGAGUAGAUCACACAUCAGUCAUAUUGCGUCGAGAGCCUUCGUCGGGCUGGUGGGUCUGGUUGAGUUAGAUCUCUCCGAGAACCUGAUCGAGGAGAUACCGACCGAGACCUUUCCAUCUUACUCGAAUCUGAUGAAAUUGUUGCUGAACGGAAACCCUGUAAGGGAGAUCCAUCGAGGAGCGUUCCAACAUCUAGUCCAUCUGACUAACCUGGAACUGAGCCAGUGUCGAAUAGAGAACGUGGAGCAGGGAGCGUUCGACGGCCUACAUCAACUCGAGUGGUUGCGACUAGAUGGCAAUCGGUUGACCCGGGUACCCGAUCUCACGUUGCCUCUAGGAGGUAGCCUUAGGGGUCUCACGCUGCACAACAAUCCCUGGCUCUGCGAUUGUCGUCUGCAGGCUACCCAGGCUUGGCUCAAGGAGUCGGCACCCGCUGCCCCUCAAGAGUCCGAGCCAGUCUGCGACUCUCCACCGAAACUUCGGGGUAAACAGAUCAAGGAAGUGAAGUUGAACGAGCUCGCUUGCCUGCCGCAGAUCGAGCUCCAGGAUCAGAUCGAGGCCUACGAAGGAGACAAUGUCACUCUCAAGUGCGACGUCUACGCUGUGCCGGCUGCCAAACUCACCUGGUGGUUUAACGGAGAAUUGUGUGAAUUGCAGAACGAGAACGAUUCUGCUUCGUCUUCGGCUUAUCCUCGGUACGUCUACAGGCAGCGUGGUGGAACCAAUAUGAGCAGCGCUCUUCUUCUAUACUCCGUCGAGACCCUGAACGAGGGAACGUACACGUGUAUAGCUGAGAACGGGGCGGGCUCAGCCGAGGCGAAUCUAUCGCUGCGAGUGUUGUUCCAGGAGAGAAUAACAGUGGAACCGCCCAACGAUCACUCGAGGUCGGGCUAUGUGGUCGCCGUAGCUGCGGGCGCCCUUGUGGGCACCCUGUUCGCUCUCGCCUCCCUUAUAGGCAGCAUAGUGUUCUGCGUUCGCAAACGUCGCCGUGACCGCAAGAGAAACUCGAAAGCCUUGGUCUCGCAGAACAAAUCCGUCAUGCCUAUUACCAAAGACACGACAACCAGUUUACCUUGUAGAAAGGGUAACGGUAGCCUGAUCGGGCUUGAGCACCAGCAGAUGGUUUCGUAUACCGAACGAGAGAUGAGCAGAGCCGCGACUCUUGAGCGCAGGGAGCAUAGGAACGUGGAGGAGCCUUAUUGCAGCCCGGUGUCGAAGUAUCUGACCGAACCCGAUCUGAUAAACGAGGUCCCGGAGACAACCGAUGUGGGAUACGGCCAAUUGUACCGACAUCAGCCGGGCGAGAGACAGAUUCUGGAAUACGAUUCCGGAUACCCGCUGCAACCCGACCUGCGCCCAUCCAACAUCCCCCAGCUUAGCUAUCUCGAUCAAGACGGUUACCCGCUCAACUUCGGCCUACCCAAGAUCCCGUUCAGCGCGGCAAGCACGCUGCCUCGCUUGAGGCAAAGGAUGCCGGUAGAAGGCACCGCUGUCGCGCCACCAGCCAGGUACUCGAGGGAGGCGGAGUUCUUGGCCAGGUCGCCGGGAUACGAUCCUGUCCUCCCCAGAACUGACACCAGAUAUACAGCGGAGGGAUAUCCUUAUCCGGCCCAACAGCAGCAGCCGCAGCCAAUUCAACCGGUCGAGCAACCGAUCCAACAACAGCUGCCAGUUUCCCCGGUAUCCCCGGUCGCCGUGUUCCCCGAGGUGCCGUUCAUCCCUUCGCCACCAGCGGCAUACAGGGGCGAAACCACGCCGCUCUCGCCUAGAUCACUGUUGAGCAAAACUGCUCGAGAGGCUGCCGCGGCCGCGGCCGCUAGGGCGGAAGACCUUCAGCCGCCUCAUCACCCGGAAAGUCCUGACGAGGGCUACGUCGGGGACGCUAUGGACGUCUAAGUUUUAACUACGGGCUGAGGAUUGGAGAUUGGGACGAGAUCGAGAAUAGUGGGUGGAAGUUUGGAUGAAACGUGGAAAUGACUCGUCGGAUCGUUUGAUGGCUCAAUUUCAGGAUUAUCGUCGUUCUCGAGAGGGAGAGAGGGAGAGAAAGCGAUCUUUCGUGUAUACAAGGAGGGAACUAUCGGUAUACAUGUAGGUUUCAGACGAAUUAAUUCGAAGAAAACAUGGAUACGGACACGAUUGAUGGAAAAUGUCUGGGAGAGAACGACAAUCUCUCAUCCAGGAGAAUAGAUAUGAGAUUCCAAAUUGUGCAGGAAGUGCAUAAUGGAUUGAUCAGGUGUAUGGCUUUCCGGAUCAUGUGUUCCAUGGAUAAUAAUUUCUUAUCAAAGAUAGAUGUGUGAUUCGAAAGAAAGAACAGUUGAUCAAGUUCUCUUUUUCGUUGAACGAAUAAGGGAAUAUCGAAUUUGGAAACAUAUUUUUCAUGUCACAAUGUGCAUUUUCCUUUUCCGUUUCGCGCUCGAAAAUUCAAGUUGAGAAACUUUCUCUCGAGAUUGUACGAAUUCGAUUAGCCACGAGAGAUCCACGAAAUGAGAAAAGAAGCCACGCAUUUUUGGAGUAAGAAAAUAAUCGAUAUAUGGAUCCUUUCGAUCCGCAAAUGAGAAAAUUUUUGAAUAUAUUUUCGAAAUGGUGUGUUGCGGAACCUCGUCUUGUAAUGGAAUUUUCCGGGAGAGGAAUCGAAUUUUCGAAGAGCUUAUAGGAACGCAAACAAACCGCCACGUGGGUGGAAUUUUGAAAAUCGAUUGAAGUUGCGGUUUGAUCGAAUCAAAUCUGUCCAUGUGGCCGUUUGCACUCGUGUUAUUACGAUCUGUCUAUUACUUGGAUCCUAGUGCAAAUUGGAAACAUUCCUGGGGUGAAAAGAUAAUUUGCUCGAUCGGUAACAGUGAAAUCGACUAUGCAAAAAUCACAUGUGAUCGUGCGUGAAUGAAAUAAUUGAGUGAAAUAGUGUAUAUACGUAAGAGGCAAGUGCGUAUCUAAGUGUUGAAAACGAAAAGAAUUUGGUGAAAGAAGUGAAGAAAAAGUGGAAGAAGAAGUGAAACGGGUAUAAAAUGGAGUAUCAUUCUUAAAACCUUAAGAAUAUUCUUUUGCUAACAAAGAUAAAUUCUUUGCGUCGGUGAAAUGCAUGUCUUUCAUCUAAAAAAUAAGAUGCAAAUCCGUAGAAUACGGACUCGUUUCGAUUGAAAGCGGUAAGACGAGAACAAAGAAGAACGAGGAAAGGAGGAAACGAGAAUACGUUUACCCGUGUUACGAGUUUGUAGAAGACUCGUUCGAUAUCUGCUCAAGUUCAUACUUUCAUCCGGAUCACCUUCCACACUUCUUCCCCCCGGUUACUCUUCCUUUUUUUUAGGCUAACCGAUUAUUAUUACCGUUUAUUGCUCGCUGGUUUCGCGAGAAACGAACUCUUUGUCACGGAAAGUUAAGCAAUUCUGCCGUAGUGAUAAUAAUGUUAACUCGGUGUUUAAGACUGGUGAGUUUACGAGAUGGCUGAAAUUAGAGAUAGAGAGAAAGAGAGAGAGAGAGAGAGAGAGAGAGAGAGAGAAAGAGAGAGAGAGAGAGAGAAAGAGAAAGAGAGAGAGAGAGAGAGAGAGAGAGAGAGAGAGAGAAAGCCAUCGUGGGCGUUGCCUAGCCCGAUGUACAGAACCGUUAUGAACCGUACAUGAUAUAUAUGUAUAAAUUCGUACAUCAAUUUACACAGACAUAUACAAACACAAACGUAUACUGUAAAAAUGACGAAUUGGCUAGGUGACACUUUCGGCCAAUAUUCGUGCCUAUUUUUAUGAAUGUGCCCGGGUCUAUCGGAAUGCCAGAUCCGCGUUUUCUUUGCCUAGUCAACUUGUCAUGUCUGCACAGUACAUGAAUAUCCCCCCGACAGGGGAUAAUAUAUUAUAUAUAAAUAUACAUAUAUAUAUAUAUACUUAUAUAAAUAGAUAUAAAUACGUGGAGAUUGAGGGUUGAUCGAAAUACUUGGACAAGCAAGAAUAGAUAUUUUUUAAGGGUGUCUAAGACGAGCCUCUAAGACAUGCGACCAAUCAGCCGCUAUUGUCUCCUCACUCUGUAUUCGUUAUCGAAUGUGCGUAAUCGUCGUGUAACUGAGUUUUAAGAGUUGGAUCGAGCUUCGCGAUACUCGUUGAAUAUAAAUCAGGUAAUUAGGCUAAUUUUUCAUUAACGUGAAAACGUUGUUAAGAGUCAAUGAGUUUUGGUAUAUAGGAUCCAUGAGCUGUCAUUUCAUCGCUAAAUAUUGAUUACAUUUGGGAAAUAUAAAAUAAUGUACAUAUUACUGUUUUGUGUUUGAAAAUAGUUUUGGAUAAAUAAUUAUUGAAAUAAAGAAUAAAAUUUAAUUAAAUAUUACAUUAAAUAAA